AAAUAAAUAGGCUGGAUAAAUAUUCAUGAUGAGGCCGGUGAUGUCACGAUGAGAAGCCGGGCUCUGCUGUGUGGCCUCCCGAAAGCGCCAUUUCCUGGAGGAGAAGAGGCGGAGAAGGAGCAGGAGGAAGGCGAGGAGGAGGAGAAGGCGACUUGUUGAAGGAAGUCGCGGCGGCGGCGGCGGCGGCGGCAGAGCAGAAGCGGCAGAGCAGAAGCGGCGAGAGGGGGAGCUCCGAGCCCGGCCGAGGCGAGCGGCGCUUGCUCGCCGACUGAACUCCGCGUACCGCGCGAGGCCGGCAGGGGGGGAACUCCUCGGCUCGUGGGUCUUGGAUUACAAGUGCAGCGAGCGGAGGAGGAGGCGGGUCAGCCAGCCAGCCGGGAGCGAGCGAGCGCUGGUGCGGCUCCCGAAUCUGCCGCCACCUCAGGCUCCCUUGCCUCGCUUGCCCUGCCAGGUCUCUCUCUCCCCACUUCUCUCUCACGCGCGCGUGUGUGCCUGCGCGUGAGAAGGAGAGACCCUCGACGCGGCGGGACCCCCAGCGCAUUCCUGAAUUUGAGGGCAUCGCUUUGGCUCUCCUCGCGGCUUCCCCCCUCCUUCCCUCCCCAUCCCGCUCUCCCCCCAACGCCCCCAAAUCGCGCCUCCUUCUCGUUCGCCUCCCCCCCCCCCGGUUUCAUUUCUUCCUUGGAAGCGAGCGGAGGCAACCCGGCGUGGAGGAGGAUGACAAAGAUGAUGAUGUGGAAGAGAUGGAGAUGAAGCAGACUAUGCAGAUCCGGGGACUCCUGUUGCUGCUGCCGGCACUAUGGGCUCUCUUUCUGCGGGACGUCGCGGCUGUCACAGAGGAGGGAGGUUGCUUUCUUCCAGGUACAAAGGCUACUGGAAUGCCAAUCAAACUGAAGGUGUCCCAGGGACAGCCUGUGAAGCUGAACUGCAGCCUCGAGGGAAUGGAUGACCCAGAGAUGCUGUGGAUCAAGGAUGGAGCUGUGGUGCAGAGUGUAGACCAGGUGUACAUCCCGGUAGAUGAAGAACACUGGAUUGGGUUCCUCAGCUUGAAGUCUGUGGACCGGAAAGACUCUGGGAAGUACUGGUGCCAAGUGGAGACCAACGGGAAGAAAGAAGAAUCGCAGCAAGUGUGGCUCAUUGUGGAAGGUGUUCCUUAUUUCACUGUUGAGCCAGAAGAUCUGUCUGUUAUCUCCAAUACUCCUUUCCAACUAUUUUGUGCUGCAGCUGGCCCACCUGAGCCAGUGACAAUUGUCUGGUGGAUGGGCGAUUCCAAAGUUGGUCGUUCCGAUGUCUCCCCCUCCACCCUAAAUGUGCCAGGUAUUAAUCAAAGCACAGUUUUCUCCUGCGAAGCCCACAACAUAAAGGGACUGUCUUCAUCUCGGACGGCCACUGUGCAGAUUAAAGCUCUCCCAUUUCCACCUCUCAAUGUGACAGUAACUCAAAUCACCAGCAACAAUGCCAGUAUCACUUGGCUGCCAGGAUUUGAUGGCCGUUCUCCACUUCAUUCUUGUACAGUUCAGGUGGCUGAGCUACAGGAAGAUGAAGUUUCCACAGAAGUUGUCCCUGUCCCCUCCUUUUCCCAGGCUUUUCCAGGAUUAAAGCACUCUACCAAUUAUAGUGCUCGGGUCCAGUGCACUAAUGAACUGGGCAGUUCCCCUUUUACAGACUGGGUCUAUUUUCAGACCAUGGGAUUAGCACCAAACAGUACUCCACAAAACGUACACAUUAUCCAAAGAGAUUCUUGUCUGAUUUUGGAAUGGGAAACAAUGGCUCCAGAAAUGCAUAGGGACAAUGCCCUGGGAUACAGGUUGGAGUGGAGUCAAGAUAACAUCACUCAGGGGGAAAUGAUCGUGCAGGAGACGAGGGCCAACCUCACUAUGUGGAAUCCCUUAAGAGAUCUUACCAUCAGGGUGUGUGUACUCAACUCUGCGGGCUGCGGGCCUUGGAGUGAACCCUUGCUGCUUACAGCUGAAGAUUUAAUAGGAGGACAGAGACAACCUCCCUAUGGCACAUCCUGGGUUCCUGUAGUAUUAGGCAUUCUUACUGCACUCGUCACAGCAGUUGCCUUGGCACUGAUCCUGCUGCGGAAAAGAAGAAAAGAAACUCGCUUUGGUCAUGCCUUUGGCAGCAUGGUGGGAGGGGAUCCAGUCGUCCAUUUCAGAGCGGUGAGAUCUUUCAACAGAGAAGGCCCAGAGCUUAUUGAGGCAACAUUGGACAGUAUAGGUAUCAGUGAUGACUUGAAGACCAAACUGAAAGAUGUCCUGAUCCAGGAGCAACAGUUUACUCUAGGAAGAAUGCUAGGCAAAGGGGAAUUUGGGUCUGUAAGAGAGGGUCAGUUGAAGCUGCCUGAUGGCUCUCUCCAGAAGGUUGCGGUGAAAAUGCUCAAAGCGGAUAUCUUCACCUCAAAUGACAUUGAGGAAUUCCUGAGGGAAGCUGCCUGCAUGAAAGAGUUUGACCAUCCCCACGUUACUAAACUGAUUGGAGUCAGCUUGCGCAAUCGGCCUAAAGGCCGGCUUCCAAUCCCAAUGGUUAUCCUGCCGUUCAUGAAGCAUGGAGACCUUCACUCUUUUCUACUGAUGUCCCGGAUUGGAGAAAACCCUUUUAACCUGCCUCUUCAGACACUCCUGAAGUUUAUGAUUGACAUUGCUAGUGGCAUGGAGUACCUGAGCUCCAAAAACUUCAUCCACAGAGACCUAGCUGCUCGGAACUGCAUGUUGGAUGAAUACAUGAACGUGUGCGUUGCUGAUUUUGGGCUUUCAAAGAAAAUCUAUAGUGGAGACUAUUACCGCCAGGGCUGUGCCUCCAAGCUGCCAGUGAAGUGGCUUGCACUGGAAAGCCUGGCGGACAAUCUCUACACAACACAUAGUGAUGUGUGGGCAUUUGGUGUGACAAUGUGGGAAAUUGUGACGCGGGGGCAAACUCCUUAUGCAGGCAUUGAGAAUGCAGAAAUUUACAACUACCUCAUCAGUGGGAACAGACUGAAACAACCCCUGGAGUGCUUGGAAGAUGUCUACGAUCUCAUGUGCAGAUGCUGGCAUUCAGAACCUAAGCUGCGCCCGAGCUUCGGAGCCCUGAAACUGCAACUGGAAAUGAUCUUGGCCAGACUGUCUUUGCUCUCGUCCAGUCAGGACCCCCUGUAUGUCAACAUUGGGAAGCCACAAGAAGCUUACAGGAAUGACCCCUCAACUGAUUGUCCCUUUGGAACAUUGGACGGUGACGCGAACAUUCCAGGAGCAGCUGCUGCCACUGUCACUAGUGACUAUCGUUACAUCAUGAGCCCCUUGUGCCUUGCGAGUGAUGCUGAAAGUGAAAGGCAUCCGGACGCAUCUGAGGGGGGAGCCAGGAGCCUUCUUUACGAUUUGGAGAUGGGACCAAAACGAUGUUAGCCUGAAAGGAAAGGGGGGGGGGAAUGACACUUCACUCUCCUCCAAUAAGAUGCGUGCAUUUUUAUCAUCAUCUGGUACUGCUUUACAAAGACAGUUGUAGGCUGCUUUUAACCAGCAUAGGUAGCUGUAAAAUGAGCUACUUCUGCAGCUGUUUGAGUUGCUGUGGCUAAUGCUCAAAAUGACCACAGAUCUUUAUCACCUCUUGGCCUUCUGAAACUAGCUUCCUGCAAUGGUGAAACGAAAUCCAGUAGGAGUGGCCUAGUCUGUACUUACAGCCAGCGAAUGCCUGUUUGUCAACCGAAUUGAUAACGGAAUAUUGGAGUUGAACUGGGUGCUACUCAGCACUCUCUCUCUUUUUUGGUAAGAUUUUCCAGCUCUGAGCAAGGAAGUUUGGGACCAGCACAUGUGGUGGGGAAAUGAUCUGCUAUUGAUGGAUACUGUAUUUAAGGGCAUGAGGGGGAACAGUAGUUUAGCAGUACCACCUAGUCCUCUUGUCUACCUCAGUGGUUCUCAAACUGGCUGCUUCUGUAAAAUGAAGAAAUCUUGUAGCGUUUCUCGGACUGGUAUUUGGCUGUUCGAUGGAAGCAUUCCUCAAGGCUGACAUUGCAGCUAAGCAACAACAUGCAGGCACGGUUUUUGCCAGCCUGAUGCCCUCCAGAUCUUUUUUGGCUACAAUUCCUAUCAGCGCCAGGCAGCGCAGCUGAUGGGAUUUGUAGAAGAAAAAAAUCUAGAGGCCACCAAGUUGGUGAAGGCUGGUCUGACAUCUCCCUGCAGAGUUGGUCUUCUCCCACACUGCAGGACUAGGUUUUCUUGUCUUUCUUUGUUUUAUGUUCGACAUGAAGUUGGCUUUACGCACAGUUCCCUUGUCAGCAAAACUCUGUGACAGGGUGGCAAAUGUAUACGGACGAAACCAAACUUCAGACAGAUUUUGAGAGACCAGUGUAGGAAAAGCAGUUAGCGCAUGGGGAAAUUUGAUACUAAGGCUGCAAUAACAUACUCACUUAUAUAGGAAGUAAGUCCCACUGAACUCAGUGGGACUUCUGAGCAGACACGUCUAGGAUAGCUCUGUGUGUACAAUUUACAAAAAGUGCAUAUACAAAAAGGAGGUCUAUAAUGAUAGUAAGAGGCAGAACUUUAAAUUAAAAACAGAUGUUUGUUUUAUAAACUUUAUCCUAAAAAAAAUUAGUAUUAGCUGCAGCAAGGAAAUUGCUCAGUUGACAUCAGCAGAAAAACAGCAGUAGGUACCAAUGGAAUGCUUUCCAUGCAGAGAAGUAGUUUUCAGUCAGAAAGACUUUGAGAAUCACUGGCCUACUUCAUUAGAGGUUGUUCUGGCCUUCUGCAGAGGUUCAACUGCAUUGGAGCAUAACUUCACGUAUUUUGGUAACAUUCCAGAAGGAAGUGUUCAUUUUUGAGCUCUCAUUUUUCCAAUAAGCCUGUUUUGAUUAAUCAUAACUGAAAAGAAUAACAUGCGCUUUGAAGAAGAAGCCUUUGACAAUGUGUAAAUCACAUCAGAGUUUUUUUUUAUUUAGCUGUUCCUAACAUAAGGCAUGCCUAGGGCAUUACAUGUUACCACGGCUGCCUGAAUUUUUAGCAAACCUAAAUUCUUCCUAUUGGGCUGUUAGAAAAAAUUCCCCGAUGCAGCCACAGAAUCACAUUCAAUAGGCAGCCUCAGAAUCACAUUGGGUGCAUCAAUUUUUAAAUUAAGUAUUUUUUGGUCCAACUGGUUUCCAUGAGAGUGCUUAACAUAUGUGUAGCUCUCUGCUGUUGAAAUCCAUAGGUAUUAAAGUGGUGAGAUCAUGCCUACUAUUAUAUAUGUUUCCAGGCUGCAGGUCUCUUAUAGCAUGGAUGGGGAACCUGUUGACUUUCCCAAUGUUAUUGUAUUCCUAACUCCCACCAGCAUCUGCCAAUGGUCAACAGAUUAUGAGAGGAGUUCUCCAACAAUAUUCCCCAUCUCUGCCUUAGAGGCUUUCGGCACAACAAAACUCCACCCAUGGUAAAAGAAAACCACUGAUCGUAUGUUUGCAUUAUUAGUCAUGCUUUCCUUUUUUUGCUGCUUCAUUCAGUGCUCGCUGAGGCUACCUUUCUUCCUGCCCCUUGUGAAACAAGGUAAUCUAGAAUUACUGGAAUUCAACCACCAAACAGAUCCUCCUGAGAGACACUGACAAGGCCCCUUAUCACAAUCAGUUUACCACUGGUUAAAAGAGUGGAGUGGUCAUUCUCAUGUGCCAGAAACUUUGCAGAGUAAUAUCUCAUCAAAGCCUUUCCGUCUCUGCCCUGACUCAAGCACCACCCUUCAGCAUGACUACGAAACAGAAGACGGGGGUGGGGGCAUGCAGCUAGAAAUAGGCCCUGUUCUCCCCUUUUAUGCAACAUUAACCAUGCUGAUUGCGUGAACAAAGGAGUGGCUAAAGGUUUAAUGGUUUGCAUUAGGUUUUCAUGAAAAGCAAGCAUAUAAAUAUUACACGGAUUAAUAAAUCUGUUACGUUGUGAACCACCCUGAGAUCUGCUGAUGAAGGGCAGUAUACAAAUUCUAAUAAUAAUAAUAAUAAUAAUAAUAAUAAUAAUAAUAAUAAUAAUAAAGAAACAGCAUCAGCUAGGGGAAAAGUUCUUGAUUUGUGCAAACAUCAUCAGUGGUAUGCUCUUAUUGCCCGUGGUAUCUGGUGUGCAUAUGGGCUUCCCAUCACCACAACACUAUGUUACCAAAAGCAAGUAAUUGAAGUGGUGCUGGUGGUAUGAGUUAAAAAAAGUUUUAUCAGUUAAAAAUGGUCCUGUACGGUCAAUGCUGAGAAAGCCGUAUUCUGUGUUCUGGAAUGAAGCAGUAGAUUUGGGACCAAAAACUUACAUUAGAACAGUUCCUCUAUCUACUUAACAAAACCCACCAGUUCCUCUACGAAAUUUUGUGAUGGAAGCCCAAGUUUCAAAUUAUACUUUUGAAUCUGAAUGCAUAUGUGAAAUAAGUAUUUUGAAAUUUCCAGUGUAGAAAUUCUGCAGCAUACUGCAGUUGUUUGGACCUGGGAUUUUUAUGGACACUCGCCUGAUUUAAUUAAGACAGUCAAAGCAACUGUCUUACAGAAACCUUCCCAAUGAAUGGCCUAUGCAAUAAUUCAGCAUGGGUGUCGAGUGGAGUUUGUUAGACAUUAUGCCCUGCCUCCCUCAAGUUUACUAAACAAGUUUACAGGAGACUGGUGAGAACAAAGUUCUUAACCGAGUGCUGCCUUGUCACCAUACCUGUGCUCUCAUAGCAAGCAAUGCAAAACAUGAUGUUUAACAGACUGACCCUUUAGUUCCAAUAUUCAAGAGUGUCUUUGCUUGUGUGAUCAGAACAACAUCACUCACACACAAGUGGGAAGUAUCAGCAGGUUAAAAGUUCGAAGUACCAAAAAUAAUGAAGGGGAAAACAAACCUAAGAGGGACCCUAAAGAGGCCUGAGCAUGUUCAGUGGCUUAGAAUGCUGGUUGACUGUGGGGAGGUGGUAUGGAACCCUAAACAGAAGCAGUUCGCGCUGCAACCUUUUGUUGCAGGUCCCACUUGUGCCUCUUUCAUUCGGAAUCAAGUCUCAUGAGUUCAGUGGGAUUCAUUCCCAAACAAAUGUGCAUCAGAUUGCAGCUUAAGUUUCCUGCAGCAGCCACCUAGCAAGCAGAGCAAGUGUAUAUAUAAAAUCUAAUUUUCUGAAGCAUGUCAUUAGUUUUUAUGCUUUUUUAAAAUAAAAUAUGUACUGUGUCCUA